AUGGAAGAAAUCGAAAGAAUGGUAGCAGAGCUAUCCAUCGAUUCGUUUGAGGUGGAAUCGAUGCAUUGGGUAGAAGUAACCCACAUUAUAGAUCCAUUUACUUUUUAUAUUCGUCUGAACAAAUACAAAUCGUUUAUCCAAAUAUUGGAAUCAAUGGAACCCACAACAAAAUGUACAUGUCUAAACUUACAUGAUUUGGUAAUAUUUAAUAUGGGUCACUCAUGUGGAGCCCGCAAGUAUAUAAGAGGGCGAAUAUCUAGCAUACUAACAGGUGAUGAUUUUAUGGAGUGCGAAAUAUUUGCAAUCGAUUAUGGUUUUUCAGAAAAACUAAUCCCUAUAGAAUACAUAUGGGAAUGCUCACAAGAUUUAGCUAAAACACCACCACUAGCUUACGAUUGCCAGCUAGCAAACUGUUACCCUAUACGGUCUGAAUUUUUUUCACUUGACACAGUUAAUGCUUUUAGAUAUUACGCAAGCAUUGAGCCUAUCAAAAUGAAAGUUCUAGGCAAGAAACCCCAUAAGCUUCUGGUCGAUCUAAUCAUUUCAAUUCCUGAAAGUAUUGCGACGCUCUUAGCAAUUGGUGGAUACUCUAUGUUAGGUUACUAUUACGACCCAAUAGCUUGGAGUCCUAUUGUCGGACAGAAAAGAAUGUUCUUCAAUUUCAAAAAACUUACGGUUGAUGAAAUAAUACAUGUGAAGUAUUUAUCUGGGGAUUCUACAAGAGAGUUUCAUGUAGCCGAAGUUAGUGACUUUAAAAAACACUUAAAUGAGGUUGAUUUCAUAUCAUUUUACGCUAGAAGAGAAUUUUCUCUUUCUCCCGUACACCUAAUUGAGGGCACACUGGUUUGUGUUAAAAUUGAUGAUAAAAAUAUAUAUGAACGAGCCUUCAUCAAAAAAGUAACGAAACCCAAAGAAUCCGCAAUCGUGCAGCUCGUUGAUUGGGGAAGAGACGAAGAAUUUCCCGUGGGGAAGAUGAAAUAUAUGUCUUCUCAAUGUUUAAGAACUCCAGUGCUUUCAAUUUACUGCAAAGUAGAAGAAAGUCAGGCUUGUGAUAGUGGACUGGAGGAUAUGUUGUUCAUUGGAAACGAAUUUAAUAUUACAAUGAAAAAAUUAGGUCAUGAGUUUGAAUGCCCGAAUACAGUUGCCAUAUCUCAUAGGGUAGAUCUAGACGAAGCGAGAGCUUUAUGUGAAGUAAACUAUGAGUAGUAACUAAUAACAUAUUUACACAUAUACAAUAAUAAUUAAUGAAUAAAAUCAAGAUUUGUAAGAAAAAAAAUUGUUAUCGAUAGGCACAAACCGUGUUAUGUAAUCAUUACGUCUGCUGUAGUUAUCAACAACUUUAUUCAUAAAAAUGUAAACUAAGAAUAGUUUUAGAAAUAAUUAUAAUUUAUGGAGUAACUUCCUAAAUAUAUAUUAAAAUAAUUCACAUGUAUAACGUUGAGAUAUUUAAGACAGUCAUUUGUGAACGUAAUGUUAACAUUAAAACAGACGCUUAAAGUUAA